AUGUACUCUCUACGCUCCAUCGCGUUGUUCGUCGGCGCCUUUGGCGGGCUGCUCCUCGGCGCCAGCGCAGCACCCGACCAACUCCCACGGGAGGACUCUGGAGUGACGACUGUCACAGCUCCCGACGGUAUCACAGGCUCGGCGACGGUCGACGAAGCCAAGAUGUACAAAUGGCUCAAGGCCAAUCCCAUAUGGGGAGACGUGCUGCCGGGAAUCGACAUGAAGUCCGUGGGGGUUGUCAAGAUAGACGGCGGCGAAUGCAAGGGGGCCAAGCUGGUGUUUCCUCCCGAGGCGGGCGUCGACGGCACUUUAUGCUCUGAGGAGGUCGGGGAACAGGCUAAAGCUGCUGAGAAGAGGUUUAUACCGUUCAUUGGCAAGUCUAAGAGCGACGAAAAAAAGGCUGCUGCCGCUGCCGCGGAACAAGAAUCUUGCUUCGAUAAGGGGGCACUUAAAAGAAAGGCCGUCAGCUGUCUCAAGAAAGAAGCAUCCCUCUUCGGUGUAAUCACGAAUGCAAUCGCACUGAUCACCACGGGCCCGGGCGCCAUCGUCAAAUUCGUGCUGUGA